CGACAGGCCUAUGACAAGUCACAGCUACUGAUAUGACAGGCUUAUGCAGGUCACAGGUCCUGAUACGACAGGCUUAUGACAGGUCACAGGUCCUGAUACGACAGUCCUAUGACAGGUCACAGGUCCUGAUACGACAGUCCUAUGACAGGUCACAGGUCCUGAUACGACAGGCUUAUGACAGGUCACAGGUACUGAUACGACAGGCUUAUGACAGGUCACAGGUACUGAUAGGACAGUCCUAUGACAGGUCACAGGUACUGAUAGGACAGUCCUAUGACAGGUCACAGGUCCUGAUACGACAGUCCUAUGACAGGUCACAGGUCCUGAUAGGACAGUCCUAUGACAGGUCACAGGUACUGAUAGGACAGUCUUAUGACAGGUCACAGGUCCUGAUAGGACAGUCUUAUGACAGGUCACAGGUACUGAUACGACAGGCUUAUGACAGGUCACAGGUACUGAUACGACAGUCCUAUGACAGGUCACAGGUACUGAUACGACAGUCCUAUGACAGGUCACAGGUACUGAUACGACAGUCCUAUGACAGGUCACAGGUACUGAUACGACAGUCCUAUGACAGGUCACAGGUCCUGAUACGACAGUCCUAUGACAGGUCACAGGUCCUGAUACGACAGUCUUAUGACAGGUCACAGGUCCUGAUACGACAGUCCUAUGACAGGUCACAGGUCCUGAUACGACAGUCCUAUGACAGGUCACAGGUCCUGAUACGACAGUCCUAUGACAGGUCACAGGUCCUGAUAUGACAGUCCUAUGACAGGUCACAGGUACUGAUGGGACAGUCCUAUGACAGGUCACAGGUACUGAUACGACAGUCCUAUGACAGGUCACAGGUACUGAUACGACAGUCCUAUGACAGGUCACAGGUACUGAUACGACAGUCCUAUGACAGGUCACAGGUACUGAUACGACAGUCCUAUGACAGGUCACAGGUACUGAUACGACAGUCCUAUGACAGGUCACGGGUAGGAGGAGGUUGUAUCACUGUUGAUAAUAAUGUGUGUCUGUGUCAGUCCUCUCUCCCUACAGUUUCGCCGUAGGGGACACGUCGUGUCUGCAGCCCUAUGCACACGGAGGCUACUUCCUGCUGGU